CCCCAGUCUCUUGCAUGCAUUUUUCCCCUGCCGGUUGCUGGCCAGUCAAUGGCAGCCAAGCGGUGCUCGAUGACCGAGAGAAUCCCGGAGAUGCCGUCGCGAAUCAUGAUUCCUCGUCGUCCGUCCAGAGAUUCGCCGGAGACCCACCCGCCCCGCUCCCCAUGCCCUGACCUGGGCUCUGACGCAGCCGAGAGCAAGGCCGCAGCCAUCAUCGAAGCGGACCGAUCACUGCAUGGAGACAACGUUGUCCUGCGGGAGGUGCCUUUGGAGGCGGUGAAGGAGAUGGUGGAGUGGGGCAUUACAUCGCCAGCCCUUUUCCGUGAGAUGACUGUUGCAGUGUGGGACGCCUUUAUCGAGGAGAGAGGCAGCAACUGCAAGGUGCCGGCUGCGAUGAGGGCUAUAGUGCGGGAGAGACUUAUAUCGCUCAACAGGGGAGACGGCGGGUGUUCGAGGCAUGUCCUGCGAGACAUCAAUGCGAAGCUUGACCAAAUCCUGCACCGCUUCUCCGCUUUGGAGGAGAGCAGACAGACCGAUGGCGACUCAACCCCUGUGGCUGAAGACCUGACUGCUUUGCUCAAGUCCAUAGAGGUGGCACGAGCAGAGGAUUACUGACUGACUGACUGACUGAUUGACUGACUGUUGGAUACACAUAUGUCAUAGGUACUGGAGGCCACACUGGACCAGUGUGUGUCGCGCCUGCCGGCUGUCAAGCACCAGCCAUUGCCUGCAGAGGCGCCUCUAUUGCCCCCACUAUCCACACCUACCGUGAGUGCUGGCAUCUCUUUCAAGCCCACCCCAGCCCUGUCUUCACCAAGCCGCCACACAGCCGUCUCUCCGGCUUACCAGCCACUUACGGAGCCAUCGCCCGGCCAAUCCACUCGCUACGGCGCUCCGUUGCUUUCUGUGCCUUCCCUUGCACACCCUGCCCCGCCUUUAAAACCUAAAGGGACUGAUAUGCCUAAGUCGCCGGCAGCCCUGACACCGCCGUCCAUUCUCGAUGGCAAGAAACAGCUGUUCGACCCAGAGACAUAUCUGAAGGACAUCCCUCUGAUGGAGCCCUCGUACAAUGUCAUUAGCAGCCCAUUCACAGUCGAUCACAGCAGAGAAUGGGCAGAGCCUCAGGCAGAGAGGUCUCCUGAGCGGACGUUCUUCUCUUCUUCUGCUUCUCUUUCCAAAUUCGGGGCGGGGGGCGGGUUUGGGUUUGGUAGAGCAGGACGCGACAGCAGCCAUGCAUCGUUUUACAGAAGCAUCCUUAAGUGACCGACUGACGUACUCGCAUGGAUCUCUGGCUGGCAUGAUGGGCAGAAAGACAAAGUGUUUGGAUACAGUAUGCUCACCAGACCAGAGAUCAGAGACAG